CAGCUGGCGGAAUCUGCUUUGUGACGGCUUAUUUUUUUUCUUUUAUUAGUUUGUAUAUCAAUGCCUUGGCUCGAACCGUUCGCGCUCAUUUGCCUCAAGACUGUGCCGGGGGGUGGAGUGUUAUCGUGCAGCAUUUGAUUAGCGCAAAUCAACCAGAAGAACCAGUAAAUGCUGCACCUGGUGGGUCUUCUCCUGCUUGCUCAAGCUGUUGUCAUCAGUUGCUGUUCAUGUUCCGAUACGACCGGUGUCCGCAGGGUCAUCGUCGACCAGGAUGGAGGCGGUGACGAUGCCUGGGCCCUGCUGAUGCUGCUGAUGAACGAGAAGCAGUACAACGUCAAAGUGGAAGCCAUUACCUGUGCGGAUGGCAACACUGGUUUGGAGAAUUCUGUCAGGAAUGCUGCAAGAAUUUUGGACGGUAUCGGAAGACGGGAUGUACCGUUGUAUCGUGGGGCUAGCGAGCGAUUGAUAACUCCUGCUCCCAGUAGGGAUGUUAAUGGAUACUUCUGGGGACAUGAUGGAUUUGGUGAUGUGCGUUUCGGGAGUGAACCGGAUUUGCGGACUAUUUCCGAUGAACAUGCUGUGGUGAAGAUGUACGAACUGAUUCGGAAGUAUCCAGGACAAAUUACCAUUCUUUGUUUGGGACCUUUGACCAACCUGGCGAUGUUGUUCAAAAUGUUCCCCAAAGUGAAGGGCGAUAUUGCCGGAAUCUACAUUCUUGGAGGCAAUCGGAACGGUGUUGGUAAUACGGACUUCGCAGCGGAGUUCAACUUCUUCACCGAUCCCGAGGCGGCCAACAUCGUGGUGAACAAUGCACCGGUGAUCUUGAACAUAUUCCCGUGGGAAACAGUUCUCCAGCUGGAAACGGAUUUUCCAAUGGAUUGGAGGAACGAAGUGUUCAAGGUGCCCAGAAACAAAGCCAUUCAGGUGUUGAAUGACGUGGAAGCAGUGGUAUACGCGAAUAUCAGCGCUUGGCAGCCUUGUGAUAUGUACGCGGCAGCGAUUUUUCUGGACAACUGUUUGAUAACUUCUGCCGUUGCGUAUAGGGCAGAUGUGGAACUGAGCGGAAGAGUGACUCGUGGCAUGUUGGGUAUUCUAUACCACGAUGAUAAUGAGAAUCAUUUCAAUGUGAAUAUCACUGACGCUAUUGAUACAGACACGUUCAAGCAGAUGGUGGUAGAGUUGAAUCGAGAACCUGGCGAAAAGGGUGUGGAUGUUCGACCGCAUCGGACUUGAAAUGUGGAAGGUACGAAAUCAAAAACA